GAGAUCCAGCCGGGUGCAACACUGCCGGAUCCAUUCACGGCAGGAAGCCGGUGCCACCAAGUUCUACCUGACAGACAACCUGGUCUUUGACAGCCUCUACAGACUCAUCUGCCACUACCGCGAGGUGCCCCUCCGCUGCAAUGAGUUUGAGAUGCGCCUCACCGACCCCGUCCCCCAACCCAAUGCCCAUGAGAGCAAAGAGUGGUAUCACGCCAGCUUGACUCGUUUGCAGGCUGAGCACAUGCUGAUGAGGGUCCCACGAGAUGGAGCCUUCCUGGUGCGCAAGAGGAGUGAACCCAACUCCUAUGCCAUCUCCUUCCGGGCGGAGGGGAAGAUCAAGCACUGCCGCAUCCAGCAGGAAGGUCGGCUCUUCAUGCUGGGCAGCUCGGCUGAGUUUGAGAGCCUCGUGGACCUUGUCAACUACUAUGAGAAGCACCCACUCUACCGCAAGAUGAAGCUGCGCUACCCCAUCAACGAGGAGACCCUGGAGAAGAUGGGCACUACUGAGCUGGACUAUGGAGCCCUCUAUGAGGUGCGGACCCCACACUUCUACGUGGAGGCCAACAAGAUGCCAAUGGCCAGGUGCACGGUGAAGGCUCUCUACGACUACAAAGCACAGCGGGAGGAUGAGCUGUCAUUCUGCAAGCAGGCCAUCAUCCACAACGUCGACAAGCAGGAUGGCGGCUGGUGGCGGGGGGACUACGGGGGCAAGAAGCAACUGUGGUUCCCAGCCAACUACGUGGAGGAGAUCGUCAACGCGCAAGCACAGGAGCAGGAUGAGGCUUCAUCGGAAAACAGUCCCCUGGGGAACUUCUUGAAAGGCUUCAUUGAUGUUCCAUCCUGCCACGUCGUUAUCUCCAAAGACGGGAGGAGCUCCAAACCAUUUGUCUUCACCAUCCAUUCCCAGCAGAUGUCCCACGCAGCCCAGUCGCUGGAUGUGGCCGCAGACACUCAGGAAGAACUCAGCGAGUGGGUGGCCAAGAUUCGAGAGGCCACGCAGAACGCCGACGCUAGGAUGCAAGAGGGGAAGAUCAUGGAGAGGAGGAAGAAGAUCGCGCUGGAGCUCUCGGAGUUGGUUGUGUAUUGCCGCCCGGUGCCGUUCGAUGAAGACAAGAUUGGCACGGACAAGGCGUGCUACAGGGACAUGUCCUCCUUCCCGGAGACCAAGGCAGAGAAGUACGCCAACCGCAGCAAGGGCAAGAAGUUCCUGCAGUACAACCGACGCCAGCUCAGCCGCAUCUACCCCAAAGGGCAACGUCUGGACUCUUCCAACUAUGACCCGUUGCCCAUGUGGAUCUGUGGUAGCCAGCUCGUGGCCCUCAACUUCCAGACACCUGACAAGCCAAUGCAGCUGAACCAGGCCCUCUUCAUGCUUGGUGGACGCAGCGGCUACGUCCUACAGCCUGACAUCAUGAGGGAUGAGACAUUCGACCCCUUCGACAAGAACAGCCUGAAGGUUGUGGAGCCCAUCACGGUGCAGCUGCAGAUCCUUGGUGCCCGGCACCUACCCAAGAAUGGGAGGAGCAUCGUAUGCCCCUUCGUGGAGGUGGAGGUGUGCGGCUCCGAGUACGACAACAGCAAGAACAAGACAGAUGUCGUAGCUGACAAUGGCUUCAACCCCGUGUGGCUCUUCAAGCAGUUCAUCUUUGACAUCAACAACCCCGAGUUUGCCUUCCUCCGCUUCGUAGUGUACGAGGAGGACAUGUUCAGUGACCCCAACUUCUUGGCACAAGCCACCUUCCCUGUCAAGGGCCUCAAAACAGGCUACCGGUCAGUGCCGUUGAAGAACAGCUACACUGAGGACCUGGAGCUUGCUGCCCUCCUCAUCCACAUUGAGAUCAUCAACGCCAAGGAGGAAGAUGAGGAGAACCUCUACUCAUCCAUCCAGCAGCUACGGGAUCGUGCCAGCGAGCUCUCCAGCCAGGUCUCCAGCUAUGAGCGCACCAACGGCUGCGACUCCCGCUACCAGCAGCGCCUCGAUGAGUUACGAGCAGCCCAGGAGAGGCUCAUGGAGCUCACAGAAGUCCGCAACCGCAAGUUGAUGGAGAAGAAGAAGAGAGACCGGCAGAUGGUCACCAAACGCAGUUGA